UUGAAAGAAAUGACGAGACAAAAUUUUGUAGAAAAUAAUCAAGAAUUUUUAUGUCGACAAGAAAUGAUGGAAAAAUUUAGAAAUCAGAAGAAGAGAAGAGGAAAAAAUAAAUGGGGGGAAGAGGAGAGAAAUGGAGGAGGAAGUAAAAUUCUAACUGAAAAAAGACGAAAUGAAUGGCUAAACACAAAAAAUAUUUUAAUUAAUAAUUAUUCUCCUUCUCCUUCUCCCUCCCCUUCUCUUUAUUCUUCUAAUAACUCAAUAAUUACAUCAAAAUCAUUAAAUAAUUUAAGUAGUAAUAAUUCAAGUACUUCAACAAUAACAACAUUACCAACUUUAGAAGAAAUAAAUAAAAAUAAAUAUUUUUUAAAUCAAAAAAUAAAUGAAGAAAAAAAUAUUUUUAAAAAGUUUUUUUUUAAUUUUAAUUUAAUUUUAAAAUUAAUUUAUUUUCUUUUAGUUUUAAACACCAAGGAGGAGGUAGUAGAAUAA